UCUGGUUGUAGGGGCGGAUUGGUUAGGUAGCAGGCAAAGAGGCGGGUCCCAUGCGUUUGAUGUCGGCUGACCGAAAGAAUCAAUGGAGCUGGAGGGAACAAGCACCAUCCCCUUUCGGGCUCGUUUGCUGAUUCUACAAGUGAGCGGAGAGAUGCACUGAAGGCUGCACAGGAAUGACUGGGUUGGCGAGCUCUUUCCCUAGCUGGAGCCUGAUGAAAUGAGUCCAUGUGGGCAAUGGGCGUUCGGGGGGUUUUGCAGCUGUGCUCUCUCUCUCUGGAUGUUAUUGCAAAGGACAUUUACGUAACUCACAGUCUCCCCUCCUGCUUCUGUUCUUACUCCUGCUUCUGCUGCUGCUAAGUCUGAGCCGAGUGUGUUUCGUGUUACACGGGGAGAAGGUGGUGGCGAUUUGAGUGCCUGCUUCGCUCGGGGGGAAUCAUGCAGUUGAUGAUUUGGGUAGAAGGGCUCCUGUGUCAACUGUUUGUAUUUCUACCCCCCUCUCAGGAAUUGCGUUUACAUCCUAAACAAGAGAAUUUCAUAAAACAGCUGAGAUCUUAUGAAAUAAUCACGCCGACGCGGGUGAACGAUUUCGGAGAGAUCUUCCCUCACACUCAUCACUUCAGGAGGAAGCGAAGCUCCGACUCGGAGCGUUGGGCUUCAAGGACUCACUAUCAGAUCAGCGCCUUCGGUCAGUUUUACCGGCUCAAUCUGAGCGCCCACUCGGACUUUAUUGCGCCCACCUACCGAGUCAGUCACUUUGGGAAGACGGGGGAUCCCCGAAAGCUGCACUCGGACCUGAAGCACUGUUUCUACGUCGGGCAUGUCAAUUCUGAGAUGGAGCACACCGCCGUUGUCAGCCUGUGCACUGGCCUUGUGGGCACUUUUCAAACACGUGAUGGACAAUAUUUUUUGGAGCCUCUCCUGAAACCAGACGGAGGGCAAUAUGAAGACGAGCACAAUAAACUGCACCUCAUAUACCAGCAUGGAGCACUGAAUGAUAAUCGCUUGGAGAAAACUACUUAUCCAUGUGCAACUUCUGAACAAAAUCAUCAAAUGAAGAGAAAGCUUCUGAAGUUGCACAAUGCUAGCAGUAUUAGGGAGCAUCUCGAUAUCUUACAGACUUCAAUUAGACCGACACAUCCUCUGACCAAAGAGCCCAAAUUGGGCAAUGCGACCCAGCAGCAUUCAAGACAGAAACGCUUUUUGUCGUAUCCAAGAUUCGUGGAGGUCAUGGUCACUGCUGACAGCAAAAUGGUGCAACACCACGGGAGAAAUUUGCAGCACUACAUUUUAACGCUUAUGUCAAUAGUAGCUGCAAUCUACCGAGAUCCGAGUGUUGGAAACCUCAUCAACGUUGUUAUAGUGAAGUUAAUUGUGAUUCAUAAUGAACAGGAAGGACCAUCCAUCAGUUUUAACGCAGCUACAACUCUUCAUAAGUUCUGUGUGUGGCAGCAGAUGCAGAACAUUCUGGAUGAUGCUCACCCAUCUCAUCAUGACACUGCAGUCCUCAUAACUAGGGAAGACAUUUGUAGAGCUAGAAACAAGUGUGAUACUUUGGGAUUAGCAGAGCUUGGUACAAUGUGCGAUCCAUAUCGCAGUUGCUCCAUUAGUGAAGAGAAUGGUCUAAGUGCUGCUUUUACUAUAGCGCACGAAUUGGGACAUGUGUUCAACAUGCCUCAUGAUGAUAGCUUCAAAUGCAAAGAGGCUGGAGUGAAACACCAGUACCAUGUAAUGGCUCCAACCUUGAACUACCAUACGAGCCCAUGGACCUGGUCAAAGUGCAGCCGCAAGUAUAUCACCGACUUUCUAGACAUUGGAUAUGGAGAAUGCCUGCUUGAUGAACCAGUAACGAGGAGCUAUGACCUUCCAGCCCAGUUACCUGGUCAAAUUUAUGAUGCGAAUAAACAAUGUGAACUAAUGUUCGGCACUGGAUCACAAGUCUGUCCCUACAUGAAACAAUGUAAGCGGCUGUGGUGCACGAGUGUGGAAGGGGUACACAGAGGUUGCCGAACACAGCACAUGCCGCUGGCGGAUGGGACUGAAUGUGGCCAUGGAAUGCACUGUCAACAUGGACUUUGUGUGAACAAGGAGAUUGCAACGAGGCCAGUGAACGGAGAAUGGGGACCCUGGGAUGCGUAUGGAGCAUGCUCAAGAACAUGUGGCGGAGGGAUAAGGAGUGCAGUAAGAGAGUGCAACAAGCCAGAGCCCAGAAAUGGUGGAAAGUAUUGUGUGGGCCGCAGAAUGAAAUUCCGAUCCUGUAACACGGACCCGUGUCCGAAAGGAAGGAAGGAUUUCAGGGAACAGCAGUGCUCAGAAUUUGAUGGAAAGCAUUUUAACAUCAACGGUUUGCCACCAAAUGUACGCUGGCUUCCAAAGUAUAGUGGCAUUCUGAUGAAGGAUCGGUGCAAACUUUUCUGUCGUGUGGCUGGGACUACAGCAUAUUAUCAGCUCAAAGAUCGUGCCACUGAUGGUACUCCUUGUGGGCCCGAAACAAAUGAUAUCUGCGUGCAAGGCUUGUGCAGGCAAGCUGGGUGUGACCACGUACUGAAUUCCAAAGCAAGGCGGGAUAAAUGUGGAGUGUGUGGUGGAGAUAAUUCCUCAUGUCGGACUCUGGCUGGCACUUUUAAUAGUGCGCAAUAUGGGUAUAAUAUUGUGGUCAGAAUACCUUCAGGAGCAACUAAUAUUGAUGUACGUCAGCACAGCUAUUCAGGGAAGCCAGAGGAUGACAACUACCUUGCGUUAUCUGACAGUCAAGGUAAUUUCAUCCUGAAUGGAAACUUUGUGGUGAGCAUGUUUAAACGAGAAAUAAAUGUGCAGGGAGCCACGAUUGAAUAUAGUGGCUCAGACAAUGAUGUGGAGCGCAUUAACUGCACUGAUCAAAUUGAGGAAGAGCUGAUUUUGCAGGUUUUAUCUGUUGGAAAUUUGUACAACCCCGAUGUGCGUUACUCUUUUAAUGUACCCAUAGAGGACCAACUGGAGCAGUUUGUUUGGGAUCCAUAUGGUUCAUGGCAAGAGUGUGACAGACUUUGCCAAGGGGAACGGAGGAGAAAGGUGGUCUGUGUGCGUAAGAGCGAUCACUUGGUUGUUUCUGACCAAAGAUGUGAACAUUUGGCUCGCCCAAUCCCAGACAAUGAGCCAUGCAACACAGAAUGUGAAUUAAGGUGGCACGCAGUAGGUAAGAGUGAAUGUACGGCACAAUGCGGACCAGGAUAUAGAACACAAGACAUUCACUGCAUGAAGUAUACCCACGCUAAAGGACCAAGUGAGCCCAUGGACGACAGAUACUGUAGGAGUCAGCCAAAACCUCCCAGCAGAGAGCCCUGUCAUGGAGACUGUCACAGGACUAGUUGGCAUUAUACAUCCUGGUCGCAGUGUUCAAAAACCUGUGGCAGUGGAACAAGGACUCGGGAGGCAUACUGCAUGAACAAUCUUGGCAGACAUCUGGUUAACCAAGAAUGCAAUGAGCAUCAGAAUGUCAUAUCUCAGAGAUGCAAUGAAUUCCCUUGCCCUGAAUGGACAGCCAGUGAAUGGAGUGAAUGUCUCGCAACAUGUGGAAAGGGCACAAGGCAUCGGCAAGUAUCAUGUCUACUGAACAAUGAACACCUGAGGGAUGAUUUUUGCAACCCCAGCACUAAACCAGAAGCUGCAGGAACCUGUGAGCUACAGGAGUGUGCUUCAUGGCAAGUUGGUCCAUGGGGACAGUGUGCUGCUACUUGUGGACAUGGUUAUCAAAUGCGUGCAGUGAGGUGUGUUAUUGGGACUUACGGUGCAGUUAUAGAUGACAGAGAGUGCAAUGCUGCAACUCGUCCAAGGGAUAGCCAGGACUGCGAGAUGCCUCCUUGUUUAAAGCCACCAAAGAUAGUCACAACCACAAGUCCCACCAUUCAGAGAGGGAUGAUGACCCAGUGGAGAUUUGGAUCGUGGACUCCUUGUUCCGUUACCUGUGGGGAAGGAGUGCGUGCUCGUUACGUCAGCUGCAGAGAUGCUCAGGGUGGCAUUGCCGAUGAAUCAUUCUGUGCCCACUUACCUCGCCCUCCUGAGACAUCAACGUGCUUCAGUCCCUGUGGACAAUGGCAUGCUGGGGACUGGUCUUCUUGCUCGGUCAGUUGUGGCUCUGGGAGGGUAACCCGUCAGGUUGUCUGCACUAGCUACCACCAUCAAAUCACAGAAGAGAGUGAGUGUGAUGCCACAGAGAGGCCAUCUCAGGAGCAAGAAUGCAAUGUGUCCCCAUGCCACCAACACGACUACCCUGCACACUUCCCACAACAUGACUAUCCACAGCCCUAUGCGGACUAUCCCUCCCAGGAUGUGACCAGCCAGAACAUGUGGAACAGCCCUUCAAGAGGGAGCCAGUGGAGGACAGGACCUUGGGGAGCAUGCUCAAGCACUUGCACAGGUGGAUUUCAGCGUCGAGUGGUAGUCUGCCAAGAUGCAGAAGGACGUACUGCCAACUACUGUGACGAGAGAGCAAAACCUGCAGAGACCAGGCACUGCGAUGCUGGAACCUGUCCUCAUUGGAAUUAUGGGAACUGGGGUGAGUGUACACAACCAUGUAAUGGUGGAACAAGAACAAGGCUGGUCAUCUGCCAACUGCCACACGGUCAAAGACUGAGUGACCAAAACUGUGACAUCUUGGAAAAGCCUCCAGAUAGGGAACAGUGCAACAUGCAUCCUUGUCCUGGUGGUGUUUCAUGGCAUCGGAGACCAUGGAAUUCGUGUUCUGUAUCCUGUGGAAAGGGCACCAAGCAACGGGAUGUCUACUGCAUUGACAUGGAGCAGGUAGCUGUGGAUAACAAGUACUGUGAGCACUUGAAGAAGCCUCGACUAUAUAAACACUGCAGAGCAGGCCGAUGUCCAGCCUGGAAAGCCACUCGUUGGAAGGAGUGUUCAGUGACCUGUGGAGUAGGAUUUCAGCAAAGGGAAGUGUUCUGCCGGCUGAAGGGCGUAGGUCGAAUAAUUGAAGAGACGUGCGAUCCAUUCUCUCGCCCAGCCAGCACACAGCAGUGCCGGCUGCCUGACUGUCUACGCUAUGACUGGCUUGCAGAUGAAUGGAAAGACUGCUCUGCACCAUGUGGUCAAGGUAUACAAAACCGCAAGGUGUUAUGUGUCAACCACAUCCAGAAGCCAAUGGAAGCAAGUUACUGCAACCAUUCAACAAGACCUCCUUCUGUGCAAAAUUGCAUCAUCGCACCUUGUGAAUACGUUUGGAUUACAGGGGAAUGGUCACAGUGUUCAGCAAGCUGUGGCCCAGGGUAUCAGCAAAGGAUGGUUUACUGCACUGAGGUCAACUCUGGCCAAGACCAUUAUGCGUAUGACCUACCAUCAACAUCAAUCAGUGACUGUCCAGAUCCACCGCCCCCCAGUAUUCAUGAAUGUGAUGUCCGAGAGUGCCCCCCAUCAGCCAGCUGGAGGGUCGGAGCCUGGCGCAAGUGCUCAGUGACCUGUGGAGUUGGGAUAAUGGAGAGAAAAGUGCAAUGCCUGACUGAUGACAGUCAACUUAGUGAACUGUGCCUUCCAAACCAAAAGCCACAAUUCCAGACUCCUUGCUUCAACAAUGUUUGUGAUAUUUCAGCAAGUUGCAGUGAUAUCCAGAAGACAAAAGACGUGCAAAAGGAUGGCGAGUACCUGCUAAAAAUUGAAGGCAAAAUAAUAAAGAUAUAUUGUGCAGGAAUGCAUUCUGAUUAUCCCAGGGAAUAUGUAACUUUAUCCGGUGGAGAGGAAGAUAACUACUCCGAAGUGUAUGGAUACAGGCUACACAACCCUUAUGAAUGCCCUUAUAAUGGAAACAGAAGAAAAGACUGUUCUUGUAAAAAUGAUUACCUGGCAGCUGGGUACACUGUGUUUCACAGAGUACGCUUCGAUAUCAGCACAAUGCAGAUUAUAAUUACAGACUUGCAUUUUGCUCAGACAGUUCAUGGAAGGGCAGUGCCAUUUGCGACAGCAGGAGAUUGUUACAGUGCUGCCAAAUGUCCCCAGGGACAAUUUAGCAUUAACUUAAGUGGUACUGGGCUGAAGGUAUCAGAAGCAUCGAAAUGGAUUGCACAGGGAAACUACGCUACAGUCAAUGUACACAGGUCGCAGGAUGGCACAAAGGUAUAUGGAAGAUGUGGAGGCUACUGUGGAAAAUGUGUUCCCCAAACGAGCACUGGUCUUCUAAUGCAAGUACAGUAA